AUGAACGACUUAGACAGACAACUGGCAGAGUUAGCCCUCAUGAACAAAACAGAAUUGAAGCCCAGCCCUUCAACUGGUACUCUUGGGAAGAAAGUGGGGCCUGCAGUACCCCCAAAGCCCAAAAAGACCCAACCACAGAUACCACAGUCCUAUCCCUUGAAACAGACUGUAGAACCAAGUUAUGCUUCCCGUUUGCAAACUAAUCAGUUUUACUCUAAUGUUCCUUCACCUAGUGCUCAAUCACACUAUUCCAACACUCCAACAUUGCCAAUGAAUGCUAAGUAUCAUCCACAGCAACCAUUAGAAAAUAAUUAUGUCAAUUUGGGCAUUGAUUGUGAUCAAAGUAGCCAGUAUUCCAAUUUGCCUAGAAGUGUGUCGGCCAUGAGUAAUGUUUCCAAUUUAUCCAGGCAAGAUAUAGUUGCCAGAUUAGCAAUUACAUUUUCCGGGAAUGAGCAGGUUCCUAGUGAAUAUACCCCUAAGCAGUGCUCAUCACCAAGGCAAAAUAUGGUACCAAAGGGGUAUGUCAAGCCAGACCAUGUGACAUAUAGCAAUAUUCAGGUGGGACAACAUAGGAAUCAAGAUGGGUUAAUCUACAGUAAUUUGAUGCACCCCCCAAGAGAGGAUGUUAACGUUUACGGCAAUAGGCAGCCAAAUAACAGUGCAUAUGCCAAUGGGGAUGAUUUACCUCCUCCUCCUCCCCCGCUUGAUAUGACUUCUGGUCUGGCAGAUUAUGCCCCCUGUACUGUCAACACUAAUCUGCCUCCUCCUCCAGAAGAUCUGUUGCCUCCCCCUUCCCCUGUUAGUUCCAGUUACAGUGAAUUGAGGAGGGCAACCCAACCAGGGCAAGAUUUUCAUGGAUACAGUAUGGGAUCCCAGUGCGAGGACUGCGAUUCAUUGUAUGCAUUUGGGGGAAUGUCACAGUCCUCGUCCACCUACGAGUCCAUCUACGAGCCGAUCAAUCCUCGCCCGCCCAGCCAGCUGUCCGCCCGCUCGAACUACUCGCUGUACGCGGGCAGCACGCUGACCGGCCCCAGCCAAUCGGCGAGUCGCAUAGGCAUGGGCGGCACCCCGACCGCGGGCAGCCAAUCGACCGGUCGCGUAGGUAUGGGCGGCACAAUGACCGCGGGCAGCCAAUCGACCGGCCGCGUAGGCAUGGGCGGCACGAUGGCCGCGGGCAGCCAAUCGGUGGGCCGUCUGGGGGACGACAAGGAGAGGGAGGUGGACAGUCUGACGGACAUGUUGGUGCGGGGGAUGGACGGGGGUGCGGGCGGGGCGGGGGAGGGGGACCAGGAGGACGUGUACGGGGUGUGCGUCAAGUGCGGGGAGAAGAUCAUUGGAGAAAAUAGUGGUUGCACGGCAAUGGACCAGCUUUAUCAUACGAAAUGCUUCACCUGUCAUCACUGUGCCAUCAAUUUACAAGGAAAGCCGUUUUAUGCACUUGAUGGAAAUCCUUACUGUGAAGAAGAUUACUUGAAUACGCUGGAAAAGUGUUGCGUUUGCCAGAACCCGAUUCUGGACAGGAUUUUGAGAGCCACCGGCAAACCCUAUCAUCCUAAGUGUUUCUGUUGCGUAGUAUGCGGUAAAAGUCUAGACGGUAUACCGUUUACUGUCGAUGCCACGAACAGGGUGCAUUGUAUCGAAGAUUUCCACAAGAUUUUUGCACCUAGAUGUUGGGUUUGUAAACAACCUAUAAUGCCUGAACCUGGCGAGGAAGAAACUGUAAGGGUGGUGGCACUGGACCAUAGCUUCCACAUUCAGUGUUACAAGUGUGAGGAUUGUGGUUUGGUGCUCUCUUCUGAAGCCGAAGGCCGUGGCUGUUAUCCUCUUGACGGUCACGUGCUCUGCAAAAGCUGCAACGCUAAAAGAGUUCAAGCUCUGACGAGUCACAUGACCACGGAGCUGUGA